AUGGGCGCUGGAGCCGUAGCGACGCAAGCCUCGGGCGUGAGGGUUCAGGGAUACGAACGUUUCCUGAAUCCCAAGAGGCAAUGGUAUAAUAAUAAGCGACUCAUUACACUGCAUGCAUGGAUUGUCCUCUUGCUCAUUACUUCGUCUGUGAACGGGUUCGAUGGGAGUUUAAUGAACAGUUUUCAGUCCCUGUCCGCAUGGGAGGACUAUUUCCACAAACCAGAGGGAUCAAUACUUGGUCUCCUUAAUGCCAUUCAGAACAUUGGUGCACUAGCUGCGUACCCCUUCGCACCCUAUCUCACCGAUGGAAUAGGCCGUCGGCGCACAAUCUGGUUUGGUGCUUCCAUCAUGUUGGUUGGUGUGGCAUUACAGACGGCAGCGCAAAACUUAGGUAUGUUCAUCGGUGCGCGGUUCUGCAUCGGGUUCGGUGUGACGUUUGCAACAAAUUCCGCACCGUUACUCGUGACCGAGAUUUCGUAUCCGAGAUAUCGUGCGCAGCUGACCUCCCUGUACAACUCGCUCUGGUACUCUGGUAAUAUCAUUGCAUCGUGGACGACGUUCGGUACAGAGUACAUCAGCGGCAAUUGGUCAUGGCGCAUUCCCUCCAUAAUGCAGGGUAUUCCGCCAAUCUUGCAGUUCUUCCUCGUCCUCAUGGCCCCGGAGAGUCCGCGUUGGCUUAUCUCCAAAGGGCGGGAGGAACAGGCUCUCAAGGUCCUUGCGUACUACCAUGCGGAUAGCGACGAACAAGAUCCCCUUGUGCAGUACGAGUUUGAGGAGAUCAAGGCUGCCAUCUAUCUUGAACGAGAGGCCGCGCAGAACGUUGGGUGGAAAUCACUUGUCACUACGAAGGGGAACCGGAGGCGUAUGAUCAUUAUCGUCGCGAUAGCGUGGUUUUCGCAGUGGUCAGGAAACGGCCUGGUGUCAUAUUAUCUGAACAAGGUGUUUGAUACCAUCGGCAUCACGAACCAGACGAUCCAGCUAUUGAUUACCGGUAUCCUGGCGAUCUGGAACUUGUUCUGGUCGGUGCUUGCCUCGUUCAUGGUGGAGCGCUUCGGCCGUCGGUUGAUCUUCCUGACGUCUGCUGUGGGCAUGCUGGUCUUCUUCACGCUGCAAACGAUCUGCUCCGCUCGCUUUGCCAUUACUCAAAAUGCGAGCGCGGCACACGCGGUCAUUGCUUUCAUCUUCCUCUUCUACGCGUUCUUCGACAUCGCCUUCCAGCCCCUGAUCGUAUCGUACACCGUAGAAAUUCUUCCGUUCUCUUUGCGCGCGAAGGGGUUCAAUGUAUUCAAUUUUGUCCUCUCUGUUGCCCUCAUCUUCAAUCAAUAUGUGAACCCUAUCGCGCUACAGGCGAUCGCGUGGAAAUAUUACAUCGUGUACUGCUGCUGGAUUGCGUUCGAGCUGGUAUUCCUCUACUACAUGAUUGUGGAGACGAAAAAUCUCUCAUUAGAGGAGAUCGCCGUGCUCUUCGACGGAGACGAUCUGCAAGAACACAUUGCGCAACCACUAGAAGUUCUCACAGACGAGAAGGAGGAGGUCGAAAAGGUGUCAGCAUAA